AUCAGCUAACUGCGGGAAAUUUCGCAGAGUCGGAGAAACUCGUCGACGAUGCGCGUGUCUCGGCUCUUUGUCCGCCGCCUUUCGUCCACGAUCUACGUUGGUUUCCGCUCGAUAUUAAAUUGCCGCGACGCUUCGUCGACCAGUUCGCAUCUCCGGACUAACUUCGAGAUCGUUGUUUUCAGUUUGUACGCGUUAUACGCACGAUUCAGAGACUGGAACGGAGACGAGCGAUAUCGUAGAAAGCCGCGUUUUCGCCGACGUCGACGUCGUUUUUUCGUGCUUUUCUUUUGUUCGCUAUGUGCUGUACUUCCUUUUGAUUAAACAAGUUCCGUUAGGUCCUUUCUUUACCGACGCACCGACGCACCAUAUCGAUAUAUAUCGUUUACUCGCGCAAAUAUCUCUUCGUUACAAUUAUCAACGAUAAUAAGCCGCUUUUCCCUUAUCUCAUCCUCUCUACUUUUUAAGCUCAAAGUUUUCGCUCGAAUAUUCCAGUUACAACGAGAUCUUCCAGUUCGUAAAUUCUCGGAUUCUUAUUCCCGUGCUUCUCGAACGAUUCUCCUCUUUACACGAACAAUUUCCUUCCAAUUUGUUCCUUCUACCAUGAUUUUAUUUCUCCCCGCGUCGCGCUUAACUAAUCGUUUCGACCGAGCAGGAAUCUCUGGAUGAGAAAUGGCGCCAAACGUUCCUCGUAGCCUUCACCUUCGACGGGUUUUUCAAUCGACGCGCUUUGCGUCGCACGCACGCCUGUCCGAUUUCCAAAUUUCUAUUUAUUACUAUCUUCGACGCGACAUUACCGUUUCGAGCGCGGACAACCGUGAAAUAGAGUUUACUCCGGUCGCGACGAAUGGAGCUGACGUCGAUACCAUUGCCAGGCAAACUCGCAAGAAACGUCGUUUUCCCGAUAUCUCCUCUCGCGAAGAAAUUCGUAAAUAUUUCGUGACUCGGUUCGACGACCAUCGAUCCACCGGAACUGGGGAAUACGCGGAAAAAGUCGAUCGGGAACGAGACGGCCAAAUAGAAAGGGGGGAAAUGGGAAAAAUAAUCGUCGUUGUUCGACGUUUUCUUCCCGAUGGCGGAGUUGCUCCGUCGGAGGAUAGAGCCUUCUUCGUGCUCGAAUAAAUUUCUUUCUUCUCUCUCCAAUGACAACGCAGUACGAAAGGGUCUUCCGAAGUGAAUCUUCCGUAUCGUUUCGGAUUUUUAUAUCUAUCAUUUUCCAUAAUCGUGGCGCGCGUCACGGAACGUACUUUGUCGUCUUUGUCGUCUGAUGCGUCUCGCGAUCUUUGCGAAGGUCGCAAGGCGUAGUAGGAGCGAAAACGAGGACGCGCGUCUAAUGACUCGAAUCUACGUAAUUCGUCGCUCUAACUAUCUACGCGAGUCGCCAAAUUCCCAUUCACGAUUGACUUACGUGCGAACAGGCUUGAUAAAAUUACCGUCGCGAUCGUUAUUAUCGCGUUUGUAAAGCGCGGUAGCAAAACGUCAUCUCUGAUCGGAUAUUGUGCGCGUAACGGCAAUCGAAUACGGUCACGCGUUCGUACGGCUGAAUCGAACUCGGCAAAUUCGCCGCGCAACAUCCCCGCGAUACUUUGGAAAAUUGAGUUUUCCACGACGCGUUGAUAAUCGAAAUGUCGCCGCUCCAAUUUUCGUCGCAAUCGCGUCAGUUCCGCGAAUGGGCGUCGACUUUUGUACGCGUUUCGACGACACUUCCUCCGUCGAAGGACUGUAUCUGCGAUUAACCGAGGUCUCGUUUACGAUAUUCUUCUUUGAAACGGUAACUUUGUCUCUUUUUUGCCGUACGACUAUCACGGCAGAAACAACUCGGAUUUCGCGUACGUUGGAUCGACCACGACCACGGGACGAUGCACGUUGCUAACGGUAUUCAAACAGACCUGGAAUGGCUCCUACAGGGAUUCCUCCGGUGACCGGUGUUCUACAGUCAUCCACGGGAUCGACUCUGUCAGGGAGCACGAUAGCAAACUACAAGAAAAGCUGCUGGAGAAGAGUGGCCUCCUGCUUGGCGUUUCUCGCCGCUUUUUCCACUGCCAUGACCUUGCUUCUCCUUUGGAGCGAGGCCACGACCAUGAGGAGGCAGGCGUUCGACGCCAACAUGACCAGGGACUACGUGUUGAACAGCGUCUCGAUGGACAAUCCUGAAUUAGUCGCGUACAUCAGAGAGGUUCAAUUGAAGCCGACCACGCAGCAGGAUCCGUCGAACGCCACUCAAACCACGCAGGAGAGGUACGUGGCGGGUCUGACCGAGGGAAAACGCGAGGGCGUGUACGUGGAGUACAUCAGCAGGAUAGGUGCCAUUUCCAGUACGGGCUGGUUGGAACGUAACUUAAGUUGGAAAGGCGUUCUGAUCCUGACUGAUCCCAGAAGCUUCUUCGAGGCGCACAGAAGCACCAGAAAUCCAAAGACCAGAGUUCUUCACGCUUGCCUCAGUACCGACAAGGAUACCAAAGAAAUUACCUAUCAUCAAGAAUCCGAGGUUCAAGUUACCAAAUUGGGCGAAGGGCCGAACAGCCUCGUGCCGUCGGACGAUGGUUUCCCGACCACGAGAUUGAAAUGCUUCCCUUUGUACAGCGUUUUAUUGGCGUACAGUGCCACUACCUUGGAUUACCUGAGUCUAGAUAGUCCGGAUGCGCAAGACAGUCAGGUUCUGGAUACGAUCCCCUGGGAGACCACCAGGAUAUCCGUAGUGUCUAUUCGCUGGAGUCCUCAUCAUAGCGAAACCGAGACGAAAAGCCUGAUCGAUAAGAUGACUAGCAGACGAUACAAGCUGAUGUACACGACCGACACGGGGAACUUGAUCUUCUUGUACAACGCGUUGCUUAAGAUUUGAACAUGCUUGACUAGGCUUGUUUUCCACCGACGCAGCACCGUUCUACGUUUCUUCGUGCGUUUUUAAACGAACACGGGCUCCAACAGCGACGAGAAAUAUCUUUCUUUCGAGUAAAUGAAAAAUCGUUGGCGGAACGGCGUUCGUGACUUUCCUUUAACGAUCGAACGAAAUCUGGGUCGCCGGAACGAUUCUCGCUUCGUCGUCGAAUCAAAGGAGACGCGAACUCCGUCGUCGAACGUACCUUUUAUUUUCUAUAAAAAUAUGUUUCUUACCGAGCGUGCGCGUAUCGGAUCGUAGAACGACCAAGAUUUUUCGUUUUCCUCCGUUUAUAUACAUCGAUACGCGUCUAGUAUCGACGAAUAGACUAGCCGUUUCUUCGUUCUUCGUUUAUCUUUCUUUCCGCGACAAAGACUGAGUCGAGAGUUAUUUCCCCGAAGUAUAGUUAUCCACAACGACGCUGAUCGACCAGAGUCUCCGGCGUCGAAUCUCCUUCGUACGAACGUACGAUUCAACGAUCGAUCGAUCGUCGUUUUUGGUGCGGACAAGCUCGUACGCGCUUUGCUUUACGGCGAACGAAGGAAAAGAAUCGAGAGAAACAAGCGUAUUUAGUUUCGUAUUUUCGUAUUUUAGCGUAGAUUCGUUUUAAUCUAACGUGGAGCCAGCGUCGGAUCAGGACGAUACUGGCACGUUUUACGAAUAACGUAGACUUUAUUUUGUCAAAGAUCGACAGCAUCGUGACCUACUAGUAGUACCCACCAAAAACGAUCGUUACUCGCGAUUUAACGAGCUCUGUCACAGUGAUAACGGAUUUGAUUACCUACACCACGGGCCUUAUUAGCACGUAAGUCGAUACUUAAUUAAGCUAUACUAGGAUACGAUAAACUUGUUGUCCUCUGCUCCUUACCAAGGGCUGCUCUGCCGUGCCCCUUUAUCGAGUCUUUCGUAGGAUCCCAGCAGUCGUUGCUUUUACGACCAGGAUAAAGUAGGUUCUUUAUCGUAGGGCGGGAGCGGGGGGUAGAAGCGGGGGCGGGCAGGGUUUCCAAGUUACUCGACACCAAUCAUAUUCGAGCUCAAAAUUGCCAUCUGCUCGCUUUCUUUAUUGAUUUUUCACGAUGGUCGUUGCCGUUCUUGGCCUACGGCUUAUUCUCCGACCCGCAAGCAAGCGAUCGCUUUCGUUCUAUUUUCUCUUAGGACAGGGAUACGAUCGUUGG